AUGGGGCGGAGCAUACACAUGCGCAGACCCCUCUGAAGCGGGCUCGAGAUGGCGGCGCCCUGUGCGACCUUCCGCAGCUUGGCGUUGCUUCGUCAGGCUGCCGCCGUCUCCCUUCGGUGCUAUGGUGUGCGGGUCUCUGCCACCGGAGAGAUGGUGACGCACACCGGGCAGGUAUAUGAUGAAAAGGAUUACAGGAGAGCAAGAUUUGUUGGACGGCAAAAGGAGGUGAACAAGAAUUUUGCGAUUGAUUUAAUAGCAGAACAGCCCGUGAGUGAAGUUGAAAGCAGAAUUAUAUCUUGCGAUGGUGGUGGUGGAGCUUUGGGACAUCCUAAAGUGUACAUAAACUUGGACAAAGAAACAAAGACUGGAACAUGUGGCUACUGUGGACUUCAGUUUAAACAGAAACAUCACUGAAUGAUUGCCUGAAUGCUUGCACAUAUCUGUUAAGAUGUUAAUGCUUAACCAUAAAUAAACAGUAUAUUUUAAAGCUCAA